CAAAGACGAAAGGCAGAUAUUUAUUUAGAGUCAGCACAGUUUCAUCAGAUAACCGCUCAAUUAUUCCGGGUCAAAAAGAGAAAAAACGACCGCUAUCGCCUAGAUAAGUGGGAAAUCGACGUUUGUCUAUAAACAGCGCAAAGAAUCUGGAGCAGCACAACACAACAGCUGACUUCCUGCAUGCCGAUGAUUUCACUCUCAAACGGGGAAGUCCACCAUGUUGGUUAUCCGCGAACCCACAGGCUGAAGAGGUCUGAUCAGUUGGGAGUGCUGGGAAUCGAGAGAUGGGGAACUCAGCCACCAAGUUCCGCAAGGCACUGAUCAGUGGAGAUGAGGUUCUUGCCUAUCAGCUCUAUGAGGGAAACCCUCAGUUCAAAGAGUCUCUAGACCCCAACACCUCAUAUGGGGAACCUUACCAACACAACACCCCGCUCCAUUAUGCUGCCAGACAUGCCAUGACACGUAUACUCAGGUCCUUCCUCUUCAGCAAAGAUGGGAACCCCAACAAACGAAAUGUGCAUAAUGAGACAGCACUGCACGUUUUGUGCAUGGGGCCACACAUACUGCUAUCAGAAGGGGCACUGCAGCCGCGUCUGGCCUGGCGCUAUGAAGAUGAGCGCAGACGGGCCGAGUGCCUCCAGAUGAUCCUAAAAUGGACCGGUGCCAAACUGGAUCGUGGUGAAUAUGAGAGCGCAGACGUUAGUGCCACUGAUAACAAGAAGAACACCCCACUGCACUAUGCUGCUGCCUCAGGGAUGAAGACAUGUGUGGAGUUUUUGGUGAAGCGUGGUGCAGACCUAUUUGCUGAGAAUGAAAACAAGGAGACCCCAUGUGACUGUUCCGAGAGGCAGCACCACAAUGAGCUUGCGCUCAGUCUGGAGUCUCAGAUGGUCUUCUCCACCGACCCCCAUGCUGAGGAUAUCGAGGCAGAGUAUGCUGCCUUAGACCGCAGGGAGUUUUAUGAAGGUUUGCAAGUGCAGGACCUCAGGAGACUGAAGGACAUGUUGAUAGUGGAGACGGCAGACAUGCUGCAAGCUCCUCUCUUCACCGCAGAGGCUCUUCUUCGUGCUCACGACUGGGACAGGGAGAAACUUUUGGAAGCUUGGAUGUCUAACGCCGAAGACUGCUGCCAACGCUCGGGUGUUCAGAUGCCCACUCCCCCACCUAGAGGCUACAACACCUGGGACACGCUGCCCUCACCCCGUACACCUCGCACAACACGCUCGUCCAUCACCUCCCCAGAUGAGAUCAGCUUGACCCCUGCUGACGAUGAUCGCUCCCUGUGCGGAAUUUGUAUGUGUGCAGCCUCCAUGUUUGAGGAGCCUGUUGAUAUUCCAUGUGGCCACGAGUUCUGCAGAGGAUGCUGGGAAAGCUUUUUGAAUCUGAAGAUCCAGGAGGGGGAGGCCCAUAACAUCUUCUGCCCAGCUUAUGACUGCUUCCAGCUGGUUCCUGUUGAGGUCAUUGAGAGCAUUGUGUCCAGAGAGAUGGACAAACGUUAUCUGCAGUUUGACAUCAAGGCAUUUGUUGAGAAUAACCCUGCCAUCCGGUGGUGCCCGCGGGCUGGCUGUGAUAGAGCGGUGCGUCUGGCCGGACAGGGGCCAGGUGCCAGCACCUCUGACCCGCUGAGCUUCCCUCUUCUCCAGGCCCCUGCGGUGGACUGUGGCAAGGGCCAUCUCUUCUGCUGGGAGUGCCAAGGAGAAGCACAUGAACCCUGUGACUGCCAAACAUGGAAGAUGUGGCUUCAGAAGGUCACUGAUAUGAAACCAGAAAAAUUGGCAGGUGUAAGUGAGGCAUAUGAAGAUGCUGCCAACUGCCUGUGGUUACUCACCAACUCCAAACCCUGCGCCAACUGCAAAUCUCCCAUUCAGAAGAAUGAGGGCUGUAACCACAUGCAAUGUGCCAAGUGUAAGUAUGAUUUCUGCUGGAUCUGUCUGGAGGAGUGGAAAAAACACAGUUCCUCUACUGGAGGAUAUUACCGCUGCACACGCUAUGAGGUCAUUCAGCAGGUGGAGGAGCAGUCCAAAGAGAUGACUGUUGAGGCUGAGAAGAAACACAAAAACUUCCAGGAACUGGACCGCUUCAUGCAUUAUUACACGCGCUUUAAGAACCAUGAGCACAGCUACCAGUUAGAAGAACGCCUUCUUAAGACGGCCAAAGACAAGAUGGAGCAACUGAGCAAAGUUCUUAAUGGAAGAGAAGGAGGCCCUCCAGACACUACUUUCAUUGAAGAUGCAGUGCAUGAACUACUUAAGACUCGCCGUAUUCUCAAGUGCUCUUACCCUUAUGGGUUCUUUUUGGAGCCCAAAAGCACAAAGAAGGAAAUAUUUGAACUUAUGCAGACUGACUUGGAAAUGGUAACUGAAGACCUUGCACAAAAAGUCAACCGGCCUUACCUCCGCACCCCUCGUCACAAGAUAAUCCGUGCUGCCUGCCUGGUGCAGCAAAAACGGCAGGAGUUUCUGGCCUCCGUGGCAAGAGGUGUGGCCCCCAACGAUUCACCUGAGGCCCCUCGCCGCAGUUUUGCUGGUGGAACAUGGGACUGGGAGUACUUGGGUUUCGCCUCUCCAGAGGAGUAUGCAGAGUUCCAGUACAGACGUAGACACAGGCAACGCAGGCGUGGAGACAUGGCCAGCCUCCGAAGCAACACACCGGAUCCUGACGACCUAGGCCACAGCACUUUAGACACACAAGAGAUUGGUGGCUGUCAGAGACAGGGAAUGCCAAUGCCUCACAGUUCCCUGGAUGAGGAUGAUCCAAAUAUCCUGUUGGCCAUCCAGCUGUCUCUUCAGGAGUCUGGACUGGCUGCAGGUAGUGAUGGUGUUGAUGCUCAAGAGAUACUCGCCAAUGAGGCAUCACUGGGGGCCAUCGGAACAUCCCUACCUACACGAUUGGACCCGGUGCUGUGCGGGAUAGAUGUGCCCCGUGCUGCCUUGAGCAGCUCUGAGUUGUUGGAGGUGGGUGACAGUCUGAAGAAGCUGGGUAAUAUCAGUGGGCAGAAUCUCCCUCUGCGUUAUGACAGUCUCAACAAUCCUACCCACGAGUCUGGAGAGGGCCCCUUCCCAGGUUCUUCUGGACGCAUGGAGCCCUCUGACUUCAGUUCAGACAAUGCCAACCUUCUAGGCAACAUCAUGGCCUGGUUUCAUGACAUGAAUCCCCAGAAUAUCAGUUUGGUUCCCUCAGCCGGUGCAGCGCAUCAAGAAUUCAGUGCACAGUCAGCGAGGAUGACAUCAGAGCAUCAGACUGCAGAGUGCGCCAUUCCACAAUGGACAGCGGUGGGUGAUAGAGAGCAAGAGUGCGAGUAUGGCACCAGUGGCGCCACCGGAGAGCGUGAGCCUGUAAGGCCUACGCAGCUUGACCUGGGAGGUCUCAAUGUGUCUCCGGUACCACCUCCGUCUGUCGAGUUAGGGGAAACUCCGAGCGGUCCCAACCCCUGUCACUCUGACACACCAAAAUGUGACUCAGACCCUGACCAGCCUAGCAGUAGCUCCUCUGAAUGGGAGGGUCAAGUACAUCUUGUAUGAAAUGCUGACUCCACCCACUAGCUAAGCCACUUUUUGACGUGAAGUAGCUGACAGAUUUGAACCCAAGGAAACAAGAUUAAUCAUGACGAGAAGCUUUUGUAGAUGUAAUGUCAGAUAUGUAGAAAUCGAAGCUGUGUUUUAAGAGUACACAAAUGUGACCGGCCUCUGUAAAUGUGUUCUUUGCUCACUGAAAACUCUUUCCAGUCAUGGAGUGUUAAACACUUGUAAAGAGUCAGCAACUGAACCAGAAAGCGCUACGAAAUCCCAGACAGAAAUGGAUGUGUGGUAAUCUUGUGCAGGUAGCCAGAUUGCAGGGUUCCUGUCUGAUUUCUAUGAAUAAGAAAAAUCUACUGUACAGAACAGGACGAUACAGAUGUCAGUGGGUGUCCUGUUAGGAGCGAUUUCCUGUCUUUAUCCAUGAUUACAAGGAUGUAAAACAUACUCUAGGUGCCAAAAACACUGGUUAGCACAUGCCGAGUUCACUAGCGCCCAGUGCACAGUGUGCUGAUCUUGCCUGCUGCUGAGGGCUUAGUCGCCCUGUCGAGUACACUAUCCUUCCUUUGAACUAGACCUGUAGGAUUAGAGAAGUAUACAUUAGCAUCUCUCUCAAAAGAGCUGAUAAUCACAGCAAUGAAGAGAACAGUUAGAUGCAGUCUACUUUUCUUGUUUUAGUCAAUCGUAAUCACUGUAAUCCAUCACUGGUAAAUUCGAAUUGAAAGUAUUGGCGAGGCUGAACUCAGUGUAGGAGCGCCGAGCUGGCUCUGUCAAACAUUUUCUCUUUGCAACUUAUCACAGUGCCUUUUCUGUGAAACUUCUCUUUAUUUAUAGCCACACUCUUUUGUGCUCUGAGAUUAGAGUGUGGGAAGUUCCAUCACACAUCUUUGUACUUUCAGAUGGCAAUUUAGCAAACAGCCUCUGAGGUCAAUGUUUUAUAAGACAUUUUUGUAUAUGUUCAGUUGUCCUUUAGCAUGCCUCUGGUCCCUUUUCCUAGGGUGUUGUUAAAGGAAUUAUUUCAAACAGAAAGAAUGAACGUACUCAUAGAUGCAUUGCGAUUGCAAUUUACCUGGAUUAUAUCCAUCUAUAUUUAAUGUGGAAAUACUAUACAUUGCGUUAAUUUGGUAUACAAGACAUGUGGCCACAAUGUGUAACAUUCAGGGUUUACAAGGGUAGGCCUAAAGGGGAUAAUCAAUGAGUGUCAACUUUAAAGGUAUAAUUUAAUACAAAAAUGAAAGUUUUCUGAUCAUUUACUCACCCUCAUGUUGUUCCAAACCUUUAGGAUUUUCUUUAUUCCGUAAGAACACAGACAAAGAAGUUAAACAGAAUGAUCACACUGCUCUUUUCCAUUCAAUGAAACUGAAUGGUGACCAGGAGCUGUUAAGCAUCAGAAUCCUGCCUAACGUCUCCUUUUGUUUUCCAUGGAAGAAAGAAAGUCGUAUGAGUUUGGAACAACGCGAGGGCCCGCAAAAAAAAAAAAACAGAAUUUUUUUGGUGACCUAUUCCUUUAAAAAAUCUUUACCCCGCUACAAAUCCAUAGAUGCAAUCAUGGUGCAUGUCAGAUACAUUCUUCCAAGAACCACUAUCGUAAAACAAAAAUAGAACCAGGAAAAUUAAGAUUUCUCUUUCUGUUUCAGGACACAUCUAUUAUCUUUUUUUUUUUUUAUAUAUAUAUAUACAGGUCUCAUCAAUGGAUCUUUAAAGGUGUGUGGCAAAGGCACACUUAUGUGAUGGCAAGCAGCUGUAUUAGCUGCAGGUAGUACAUUUCUACAGAUGGUGGAGCUUACCCACAAUUAAGAUUUUUUAUUAUUAUUUUCUUUUUUUACAAUUAAUAUAACUGUGGUAUUUAUCUUCAAUAAAUUAUGGAAAUUACAUUUCUAUUAUUUGAAAUUGAAUGUCAUUCUUAAAAAUUUAUGAAAAUGAAGGUUGAUGGGAAAAAAACCAUAAAUUACCACCAAUAUAUAUAUAUAUUUUGUAUAUAUCAAACUGUAAUAACACAGUGCCACUUUUCAAUAUUUGCUUAUUAAAAAUGUGACUGCUGAUGUAAGUGUUAAAAGCCAUUCAAACAAAUUAACAGAAUGUUUUUCAUUUGCUUUAAUUUACUGCGAACACCUGGCCAACAUUUUAUCAAAUGAAACUCAGCUGCAUUGUUCAGCUAAAUCACAGCAGCACUGAAUUUUAAAUACUUCAGAAGAAUUGCACAAAAUUAGCUCACACUUCAGCCUUGAAAUAACCCACUUUAUUUGAUAGGUUUGCUGUCAUUUUGGCACUUUUAACUUGAUUUGAUUGAGUAGGUGUCUGAUGUAUUACUGUAGGCUUAAAGGAAUAAGUAUGUUGAGUCUGACCUUAUGACCUAAAGCAGUAUUACAUUGCAUAAUGAUAACUUUGCAAAAUGAAGGCAAACCUGUUUGUAAAGAGGUAUUUUGAGACUUGAAAUUAUUUCACAGGAUUCGUGAAAAUUUGGGGUGUACACAUUGUUUUUAACUUUAUGCAUGUGUGAUCCGAAUCAUUUAAGCUUGAUAAAUUGCAGUAUAACUUCACAGUAAUGUAUGUCGCUAAAGGUUGAGGUGGAGCUAAUGUCUGUUUUAAUAUAGCAUAUGGUAGAUCCUGAACCAGAUUCUGUCCAGACAUGACAAAAAAUAAAUCAAUAAAAAAAGUUGUCCUGUAUGUGACAUUUCGCUGUUCAUUAAGUAAUUAUAAUAAACAUAGAUCAUGUUUUUUUUCUGACAAGGCCAUUCAAGUGUCAAAGCUAUUGUUUGGGGUGCACAUUUUGUAACCCAUUCCAGAUUUUAUAUUAAGGAUCCAAUCCUUGAAAUGGUGUUUGCACUUUCAUAAUCUUUACUUGAUACAUUCCCAAUUUAUAUGGAAAAAACAUAUGUGUGAUGUUUGGCCAUUGAAUUGGACCGAUAUGAGUGUGAAUCUUAAUAAAGUUGUUAAGACAA